AUGGCUUCCGACGGACAAUCUCAACCACCAGUAAAUCCACCGGCUAAUCCUCCGAAGAAGAUUAAUCAUACAUGGUAUCAAUCUGAUAGUACUGUUGUCGUUGUCAUUCCUAUCCGUAAUGUACAGCGCGAACAAGUAAACGUUGAUUCCACAGAAAAAAGCUUGAGUGUCACUGUAAAACUACCAUCUAUAGAUAAUGAAUACAAUCUUGAAAUCGAUCUAGCAUAUCCAAUCAAUAGCAGUCGUACGGAUUUUAAAAUUAAUACAGCAAAUAUUGAAGUUCGUUUAUACAAAGUCGAUGCUAUUCAAUGGACAUCACUUGAUGCUCAACAUAAACCGAAUAUGCCGCCAAUUAUUAUCAAUCCAACGGUGGACACGAAAACAGUACCACCGUCAUAUCCAUCGUCGAGUAAAAAAGCAGUAGAUUGGAAUAAACUUGAAGUUGAGAUUACGAAAGAAGAAAAAGAGGAAAAACCUGAAGGCGAUGCUGCAUUGAAUAAAUUGUUCCAGCAAAUUUACCGUGACGGAACCGACGAACAGAGACGAGCAAUGAAUAAAAGUUUUUCGGAGUCGGGCGGCACUGUGUUGAGCACGAAUUGGGACGAGAUUGCAAAGAAAAAAACCGAAUGUAAACCACCUGAUGGAAUGGAAUGGAAAUCGUAUGAUUAA